AUGGGUCAAGUGCUUUCUCGUCUUUUUCGAGCCCAACUCCCUCCAACACUAUUGGCUCUCCUAAGGCUGCCGGCCGAACUUAUUUUUUACAUUGUGGCUCAGCUCUCUGAAUCCCCUGAGUCUGCUGUGGCGCUCUCACUCACCUGCAAAUGCCUCCGCUCCAUCCUCGCAGACGACAUCGCCAAAGUGCCGGCGAAGUGUCGGGGGCAACUUCUGGCACUUCUUGAAAAUGACCUUGGCGACGGCCAUUUCUAUUGCUCCAUCUGUUGCCAACUCCAUGUCUUCUCAGCGGCAUGGAAUCCCACAAGCAGAGAACACCUCGUGUUCGAAAAUAUCAGGCGCAACCGCUUCUACUGUCAUGCGCAGCAGGUGUUCAACCCAAACGGCGCCCAGUCUCCAUAUCAUGUCUUUGGGCGCCUCGUUAUGAACCGCCAUUUCUACGGCGCGCCUAAAGGCCUCCCUCUGGACAUCCUUGCGAAACCGUUUGGGCACGCAGUUGGGGAGGCGGGCCGUUGUGGUCUCUUCCUCCGUGUAAUCCACACGCUUGGAGGCAAGGCUGUCACGCUCCGAGACGCGAUUGACGAGGGCAGAUCCUGCAUUUGCAUGCACGUGGCUACGGACUUGGUGGACAAAGAGUGCAGGAGCCGCAAGUGGCUAGCGAGGAUACCGGAACUGUCAGAGCCGGAGCGGGAGCCGGAGCAGGAGGCGGGAGAGUCAGCGCUGUUUCGACCUUGUCGACGCGAACCCGGGUCUUGUGCCGUGUGCUUGACCGACUGGGUUACCACGGUCGAGCGGGCUGAAGUACGCGACAUUUUUCUGUCCUCGACGACAAGAAACGGGGUACGUCGUCCAGCUUGGGAACUGACAAGGGGUAAAGUGAUGAUUACUGCCUAUCACCAAUUAGGGUCGUGUCGUGACAUACAUGAUUGGAAGUGGGUGGCGCUUACACAAUGCCAGACUGGGCGGUCUCCCAGCAGUGCUACCAAUCCACCGCGGGAUAUCGCAGUGUAUCCUCAUGGUGUGGUUCAGGCAACGUUUGAAAACGGAUGGACUUGCAAAGUAUAG